AUGACGCCCUCUACCUUCCCCGCUCUCCCUCACCCCUCUACCUUCCCCACUCUCCCUCACCCCUCUGCCUUCCCCGCUCUCCCUCACCCCUCUGCCUUCCCCACUCUCCCUCACCCCUCUGUCUUCCUCGCUCUCCUUCACCCCUCUACCUUCCCCACUCUCCCUCACCCCUCUGCCUUCCUCGCUCUCCUUCAGCCCUCUACCUUCCCCACUCUCCCUCACCCCUCUGUCUUCCUCGCUCUCCUUCACCCCUCUACCUUCCCCACUCUCUCUCGCCCCUCUGCCUUCCCCACUCUCUCUCGCCCCUCUGCCUUCUCCACUCUCCCUCACCCCUCUACCUUCCCCACUCUCCCUCACCCCUCUACCUUCCCCACUCUCCCUCACCCCUCUACCUUCCCCACUCUCCCUCACCCCUCUACCUUCCCCACUCUCCCUCGCCCCUCUACCUUCCCCACUCUCUCUUGCCCCUCUACCUUCCCCACUCUCCCUCACCCCUCUACCUUCCCCACUCUCCCUCACCCCUCUACCUUCCCCACUCUCCCUCGCCCCUCUACCUUCCCCACUCUCUCUCGCCCCUCUGCCUUCCCCACUCUCCCUCACCCCUCUACCUUCCCCACUCUCCCUCACCCCUCUACCUUCCCCACUCUCCCUCACCCCUCUACCUUCCCCACUCUCCCUCACCCCUCUACCUUCCCCACUCUCUCUUGCCCCUCUACCUUCCCCACUCUCUCUCGCCCCUCUGCCUUCCCCACUCUCUCUCGCCCCUCUACCUUCCCCACUCUCUCUCGCCCCUCUGCCUUCCCCACUCUCUCUCGCCCCUCUACCUUCCCCACUCUCUCUCGCCCCUCUGCCUUCCCCACUCUCUCUCGCCCCUCUGCCUUCCCCACUCUCUCUCGCCCCUCUACCUUCCCCACUCUCUCUCGCCCCUCUGCCUUCCCCACUCUCUCUCCCCCCUCUACCUUCCCCACUCUCUCUCGCCCCUCUACCUUCCCCACUCUCUCUCGCCCCUCUACCUUCCCCACUCUCUCUCGCCCCUCUGCCUUCCCCACUCUCUCUCGCCCCUCUACCUUCCCCACUCUCUCUCGCCCCUCUGCCUUCCCCACUCUCUCUCGCCCCUCUGCCUUCCCCACUCUCCACUCGCCCCUCUGCAUCUGCAUCUUGUGA